AUUGCCUUCCACAAGCUUCCCGCAAUAAGUUGGGUGAAUUUUGGCCCAUUCCUCCUGAGUCAGGUUUGUAGACCUUCUUGCUUGCACACGCUUUUUCAGUUCUGCCCACAAAUUUUCUAUAGGAUUGAGGUCAGGGCUUUGUGAUGGCCACUCCAAUACCUUGACUUUGUUGUCCUUAAGCCAUUUUGCCACAACUUUGGAAGUAUGCUUGGAGUCAUUGUCCAUUUGGAAGACCCAUUUGCGACCAAGCGUUAACUUCCUGAGUGAUGUCUUGAGAUGUUUCUUCAAUAUAUCCACACCAUUUUCCUUCCUCAUGAAGCCAUCUAUUAUGUGAAGUGCACCAGUCCCUCCUGCUACAAAGCACCCCCACAAAAUGAUGCUGCCAUCCCCGUGCUUCACGGUUGGGAUGGUGUUUUUCGACUUGCAAGCCUCCCCCUUUUCCCUCCAAACAUAACGAUGGUCAUUAUGACCAAACAGUUGCAUUUUUGUUUCAUCAGACCAGAGGACAUUUCUCCAAAAGUACGAUCUUUGUCCCCAUGUGCAGUUGCAAACCGCAGUCUGGCUUUUUUAACGGCGGUUUUGGAGCAGUGGCUUCUUCCUUGCUGAGAGGCCUUUCAGGUUAUGUCGAUAUAGGGCUGUGGAUUUGGAUACUUUUGUACCCGUUUCCUCCAGCAUCUUCAAAAGGUCCUUUGCUGUUUUUCUUUUUGUACCAAAGUACGUUCAUCUCUAGGAGACAGAACGCGUCUCCUUCCUGAGCGGUAUGACGGCUGAGUGGUCCCAUGGUGUUUAUACUUGCAUACUAUUGUUUGUACAGAUGAAUGCGGUACCUUCAGGCGUGAAGGAUGAACCAGUCUUGUGGAGGUCUACAAGUUUUUGCUGAGGUCUUGGCUGAUUUCUUUUGAUUUUCCCAUGAUGUCAAGGAAAGAGGCACAGAGUUUGAAUGUAGGCCUUGAAAUAUAUCCACAGGUACACCUCCAAUUAAUGUCAAUUAGCCUAUCAGAAGUUUCUCAAGUUAUGACAUAAUUUUCUGUAAUUUUCCAAGCUAUUUAAAGGCACAGUCAACUUAGUGUAUGUAAACUUCUGAACCAUUGGAAUUGUGACAGUGAAUUAUACGUGAAAUAAUCUGUCUGGAAAAAUCUGUCUGGAAAAAUGACUUGUGUCAUGCCCAAAGUAGAUGUCCUAACCGACUUGCCAAAACUAUAGUUUGUUAACAAGAAAUUUGUGGAGUGGUUGAAAAACAACGUUUAAUGACUCCAACCUAAGUGUAUGUACACUUCCGACUUCAACUAUGUGUCACCCAUCUUCAGUUCUAGACACAUUGGGCAUUUUGUGAAAAUUCUAAAAGACCCUUAAGUCACAAAGUUUUUGUCAAUGCAAUGAAAACAUUAGGAUCCAUUUCAACAGUAGGUCAAAUACCCACUGACACAGUGUCAGGUAGUUUUCAACCUUUAAGCAUUCAUGUCAUUAUUGUUGCAACAUGGCUUUAUUUCAUCUUCAAGUGUGCCCAAUAAGGUUGCCAAAUAUGGUCAUAUCCGUAGACUAAGAAAACAUGCCAUGAGAAAUUCAUCAAGUUGAGUUCUGUAAAUAGACUGAUAGGAUCCAAAUGCUGGAGCUUAGCUUAUCUGUUGGAGAAAGGAAUGAAAAUACAGGGAAAUGGCAAUACGGAACAGUCUCAGGACAAAGCAUAACCCUGAUGCGGGAACAUAAGGACAGUGAGGGAGAAAUGUGUGGCAAGAGUCAGACAUACAACAUGGACUCAUUGUUAAGAGAACGGAUGUACAGUACACAAGUUACACCAAUAAGAUCACUAGGAAUACUAAUCAACUAUAACUACAUCAAACCACUUCAAAUGUCCUAAGAUACAAGUAAAAAGGCAACAAGUCCAGAUACUGGAGGCGGCAGUUUUUGACUUCUGCUUUUGUUUGCAUCUGUCUGAAACAGAGAAAACACAAAGCAAAGCAGAAAAAAAGGAAAGAAAAUGGUAUGUGUCACUCAGUAAGAGUCACCACAACGAAAGAAAAUGGUAUGUGUCACUCAGUAAGAGUCACCACAACGAAAGAAAAUGGUAUGUGUCACUCAGUAAGAGUCACCACAACGAAAGAAAAUGGUAUGUGUCACUCAGUAAGAGUCACCACAACUAAAGAAAAUGGUAUGUGUCACUCAGUAAGAGUCACCACAACUAAAGAAAAUGGUAUGUGUCACUCAGUAAGAGUCACCACAACUAAAGAAAAUGGUAUGUGUCACUCAGUAAGAGUCACCACAACUAAAGAAAAUGGUAUGUGUCACUCAGUAAGAGUCACCACAACGAAAGAAAAUGGUAUGUGUCACUCAGUAAGAGUCACCACAACUAAAGAAAAUGGUAUGUGUCACUCAGUAAGAGUCACCACAACUAAAGAAAAUGGUAUGUGUCACUCAGUAAGAGUCACCACAACUAAAGAAAAUGGUAUGUGUCACUCAGUAAGAGUCACCACAACUAAAGAAAAUGGUAUGUGUCACUCAGUAAGAGUCACCACAACUAAAGAAAAUGGUAUGUGUCACUCAGUAAGAGUCACCACAACGAAAGAAAAUGGUAUGUGUCACUCAGUAAGAGUCACCACAACGAAAGAAAAUGGUAUGUGUCACUCAGUAAGAGUCACCACAACGAAAGAAAAUGGUAUGUGUCACUCAGUAAGAGUCACCACAACUAAAGAAAAUGGUAUGUGUCACUCAGUAAGAGUCACCACAACUAAAGAAAAUGGUAUGUGUCACUCAGUAAGAGUCACCACAACUAAAGAAAAUGGUAUGUGUCACUCAGUAAGAGUCACCACAACUAAAGAAAAUGGUAUGUGUCACUCAGUAAGAGUCACCACAACUAAAGAAAAUCCAAUACCCCUGCCUCGGUUUUCCACAUGCAAAUUGUGUGCCUACUGGACAACUUGAAACGGUACAUUGACAACACUGGUCUCCUCUGUGUGCUUCUCAUUCAUGUGGAAACACAUGCCUCAGUUCUCCAAGGGGGAUUUGAAUGACCAUUAUGUACAUCAUGUUGAUGUUAGGGUUUAAUUUAGUUUGAGUUAACGCCUGUGGGCUAGCUUGUUGACAUGCUGUCCAUAGGGAACCACAGCACUUAAUCCCCAAAUGCUAUUUGUUGAGUUUAUUCUGCUGACCGGUGUAUAUGUAUAUAUAUUGAGUGUACAAAACAUUAAGGACACCAGCUCUUUCCAUGACAGACUGACCAGGUGAAUCCAGGUGAAAGCUAUGAUCCCUUAUUGAUGUCACCUGUUAAAUCUUCUUCACUCAGUGUCAAUGAAGGGAGGGAGACAGGUCCAAUAAGGAUUUUUAAGCCUUGAGACAAAUGAGACAUGGAUUUUAUUUGUGUGCCAUUCAGAGGUUGAAUGGGCGAGACAAAAAUAUUUAAGUGCCUUUGAAUGGGGUAUGGUAGUAGGUGCCAGGUGUACUGGUUUGUAAUGUUGCUGUGUUUUCACACGCAACAGUUUCCCGUGUGUAUCAAGAAUGGUCCCCAAGGACAUCCUGCCAACGUUGACAACUCUGGGAAGAAUUGGAGUCAACAUGCACCAGCAUCCUUGUGUUUGUUGACUAAUGUUUUGAAUACCACUACUCACCACCCUCGCAACGAUGCACAUCUCUUGAUGCUGUGAUGUAGGCAUAACUGCCGAAAAGCGCUGAAAUGAGGUGUUUGAGGUUUUUUUGGAGUGCUGCCAUUUCCCAAUGUCAUUGAACAUGGGAAUUCAAUUGACAGCACCUAAUCCCUUUGUAGAACGGCUUCCAGAACAGACCAGAGAAAUCAAUAUAACUUUUGAAUAACUAGCUUAUUGAGGCAUGGUAGUACAUAAUAUCUCUUUAGGAGAUUGUCCGUAAGAAAAACAAACCACUUGAAGUGGAGAUCAAAUGUCUCAUAACUGGAUGAUAUAAUAAUUGAUCCGAUAUGUGAGGAAGGUCGAUCAUUUCUUGA